AUGGUGACCACCCUUGGACCCGAAGGAGCAAGGACAGAGAAAGUGUCCACAGCGCCUCUGUGUCUGCUGCCCACGGCAGCUGCCAUCAGCACCCAGGUGCUCGCUCAGCCAAAUGCACUCCGUGACCGGUUCACCUGCUGUUUCCCAUUUAACCAUAAGAAGAUCCCCUUGCAGAGGCUGAAGAGCUAUGGAAGCACCAGUAGCCAGUGUCUCUUCAGAACCAAAUUGACCAAGGACAUCGGUGCCAACCCAAAGGAGAAAUGGGUCUGGAAUUAUAUGAAACACCUGGGUCAGAAACCUCACACCCCGAAGACUUGGACUCUUUCGGCCACACUAAGACCGAGCCAGAGGCUGAGAAAUGAUUAUUCUCCCCCAGCCUUCCUGUCUCUAUCCUGGACUAAAUUGACCUGAAUUUUCAGAUAGGGUGCUUUCUGUUUCCUGAUGCAAAAUGUACUAUGUCUUAAGUAAUAUUGAGUAUUAUUUGAAUUGUGGCUGGUUGGGGAGUUAUUUUGAAUAUUGGUGAUCUCUUUUUUUAAAGCAGGGCCUUGAGCCACUUGGCUCCUGUCGUGAGCCCCAGCUCCUUCUCCUGUAAGCUGUGGGCAGUGGGUCUUUCUCCUGCCUAACUCCCCAGGGGUAAUGAGCAUGCCUAUGAGAGCCACGGCGAUGAAGGGCUACUGCAAUCUAGGGAGGACAGCGCCUGGUGAAUGUGAGGUGUUGCUAAAUGUGUUAUUAUGGAAACAUGAAUGCAAUUGUAGGAUGGCUGACUUUUGGCAGAAAAUACAUUUUGCUUAAAAUCUCUGAUACAGUAGUAGUGUUUUCUUCAGGGAUAACUCCCAACCAGUAGGUGUGCUCUCAGGUGCAGGUGGAUGGCAGAGGGUGCUAGAGGAAUACGGAUGUAGCCAGGGCCUGGCUGUGUGGCUAACCUGGGCCCAUCUGAGUGUCAGGGAGGGCCUGGCUCAUCAGCCCAGGAUAUUCUAGAACCAUGGCUCCAGUCCCCAGCAUUAGCUUCCAGUGGGUCUCCCUGCCCUCGUCCUCCACCCUGGAGUAAUACAGCCAGUAAGCGCGCUUGACACACCCCCUGGUGGGGGCGGAGGAGGGGGAGGAAUCAGGUGACCCCGUCCUGAUUAGCAUCAGACUUGACGGCAAAGAUGGGACUUGGACAGAUGGGCCUUGGAAGAUGGUGUAGCACCGUCACAGCAAAGACUCUCCCGGAGGAGAUGCGGGAUGGAGAAGAGGGGAGAGGGCCUUCAGGGAAUAUCCCCAAAUAGUCAGAGUAAGGGAUCCAGAAUGGAAAAGCCAGAGACCUUUGGAAAGGAAGGUUGAGGCAUGGUUAUAGAGGAAUCGGAAUAUCAAGGUGGGAGUUUGGAGUCAGCUCUGAAGUCUUUGGAGCGAUGGUGAGGGCAGGGUGUGGGGUGCCGGGAAGAGUAGCCUGGGAUCGGGGCCGAGGGCAGGAUGGGGUUGGCAGGGGGGCACUGAGAGCAGCCUACUGCAAUGGUCCAUGUGAGGGGUAGCCAGCGAAGCAGGGCAGUCCUGGGGGCGGAGGGAAGAGAUGGCCUAAGAAGUAUGAGCCAGAUGUGCUGCGUGUUGAAUGCCGGGGAAAGAGGGAAAAGCCCUGAGACACAGGACAGGAGACCAUCUCCCCUAAAGCCAUCAAACCCUGAGACCCAGAAUUCACUGCCCUCCUUUGCUAGUCUCCCUAGAGUCUCAUGUUACACAAGUUGGAGCUUGUGAUUGUCCCUCUUAAAGGGACAGGACCUCCUCUUCCUCUCUAUCCCCUGAGGGGCCUCCUGUUCUUCCUGAGACUGCCUCCCUCCUCUGUACCAUUGAUUUUUUUUUUUUUUAACUUUGGGUUUAUUUAUUUAUUUAUUUAUGGCUGUGUUGGGUCUUCGUUUCUGUGCGAGGGCUUUCUCUAGUUGCGGCAAGUGGGGGCCACUCUUCAUCGCGGUGCGCGGGCCUCUCACUA